UUGAGUACAUGAUCCUCGCCACCAUCAUCGCCAACUGUAUCGUCCUGGCCCUGGAGCAGCACCUGCCUGGAGAGGACAAGACCCCCAUGUCUAAGAGACUGGAAAAGACAGAGCCUUACUUCAUUGGGAUGUUCUGCUUUGAAGCUGGGAUUAAAGUGGUGGCAUUGGGAUUUGUAUUCCAUAAAGGCUCCUACCUGAGAAAUGGCUGGAACGUCAUGGAUUUCAUUGUGGUUCUGAGUGGGAUUCUGGCCACAGCGGGAGCUCACAUGAACAUCCCAGUGGACCUGCGGACGCUGAGGGCCGUCCGUGUACUCAGACCCCUCAAACUGGUCUCUGGAAUCCCCAGCCUGCAGAUAGUCCUGAAAUCUAUCAUGAAAGCCAUGGUGCCGCUGCUCCAGAUUGGCCUGUUGCUCUUCUUCGCCAUUCUCAUGUUUGCCAUCAUCGGCCUGGAGUUCUACAGCGGGAAGCUCCACAGCACCUGUCUGCCCAUGCCCAAUAUCCUAGAGAAUGAGACGGUGGACAAGUCUGAGUCAGAGUUCCCGUGUGGGGUAAGGAAGUGCCCUGACAAGUACACCUGCCAUGACACCUGGAUCGGCCCCAACGACGGCAUCACCCAGUUUGACAACAUCCUGUUUGCUGUGCUCACUGUCUUCCAGUGCAUCACCAUGGAGGGCUGGACCACCGUGCUCUACAACACCAAUGAUGCUUUAGGUCCCACUUGGAACUGCAUGUACUUCAUCCCUCUGAUAAUCAUUGGCUCCUUCUUCGUGUUGAACCUGGUAUUGGGAGUGCUCUCAGGAGAGUUUGCCAAAGAGAGGGAGCGGGUGGAGAACCGCAGGGCGUUCAUGAAGCUGCGGAGGCAACAGCAGAUUGAGAGGGAACUCAAUGGCUACCGGGCCUGGAUUGACAAAGCAGAGGAAGUGAUGCUUGCAGAGGAUAAUAAGAAUUCAGGACCGUCUGCUCUUGAUGUGCUGAAGAGGGCCACAAUCAAGAGGAGAGAGGAGAGGAGAGGACUGGACCAGCAGUAUGGUGACAUCUCUUCUGUGGGCAUCCCGAUGACCAGAGCCAGCAUCAGGAGUGCUAAGAGAGGACCCACCGCUUAUUUGAAGCGUAAGGAGCGUCUGCUGCGGAUCUCUCUCCGCCGCAUGGUGAAGACACACAUCUUCUACUGGACCGUACUGGGCCUGGUGGCCCUCAACACACUCUGUGUUGCCAUCGUCCAUCACAACCAACCCCACUGGCUGUCUGUGUUCCUCUACUAUGCAGAGUUCCUCUUUCUGGGUCUGUUUCUCACUGAAAUGUGUUUAAAGAUGUACAGCCUGGGACCCAGACUCUACUUCCACUCCGCCUUCAAUCGCUUCGACUGCGGGGUGAUAGUGGGAAGCAUCUUUGAGGUGAUGUGGGGAUUCUUCAGGCCUGGCAUGUCCUUUGGCAUCAGUGUGCUGCGUGCGCUCCGUCUGCUGAGGAUAUUCAAGAUCACCAAGUACUGGGCGUCGCUGAGGAACCUGGUGGUAUCUCUGAUGAAUUCUAUGAAAUCAAUCAUCAGCCUCAUUUUCCUCCUCUUCCUCUUCAUCCUGGUCUUUGCUCUGCUGGGCAUGCAGCUCUUUGGUGGCAGGAGGAGGAGACCCUACCUGUAUAGGAAAAGAGCGAUACACAGGAGCCGGCCUGCCUACUCUCUGGAGGAGGCUGAGAGCCUCGCCGAGGGGCCCCCAUGCCCGCCACUGAAUUCCUCUAACUCUUUCAUGUCCAGGAGGGAGAGGAGUAGACGGAUGACCAUGUCUGUGUGGGAGCAGAGAACCAGCCAACUGCGCAGGCACCGGCAGAUGUCCAGCCGAGAGAUCCUCUUCAGCAACCCCAGUGAUGAGCAGGAAGCGCCCCCUGGCUGUCCCCACCACCUCAAAGCAACAGGCACACCCACAGGCAGCUUGAAGCUGGCUGAUCCCACAGCUGACCCUAAGGACUUCACAGCUAAGCCCCCAAAGCCCAUGGAGAUGCCCCUAGAGGAACCAGCCCUGUCCAUGGGUGUCCCUGAGCCCCACUUAUCCAGCCCUUUACCAGAGCCACCCGAUCCCACUGACACGCCCCUGCCGGUCUCCCCCACGUCCACAGCUGUGUUCAUACCGGAGCCUACAGAAUCUGAGCCAUGCCCAGAGGGCAAGCGUGGCAUCCCCAACCACUGCCACCAAGGUUUCAAUGGCCGCAGGAGCCCCUGGUUGAAUGGGGAGAGAAGGCAGAGAGCGGUGCGUAAGUUCCGCCCUCCUGCUGGUGACACCCUGACCACUGACAUGGAAGGCAUGAGGCUCAGGAGGCCACAGGGCACAGGGCACUGUGAGGCUCAGGCUGGGGCCAGAGGCUUGGACUCACCUCAGGGGGAGGGCAGCAGUCGCUCUGUCAGCAUGGAGAUGAAGACCCCAGAGGACCCGGUGGAGGAGGUGAGGAAAGACGGUAACAAGGGAGAAACCAGCCAACCUUCCAAGACCAGGGAGGCUGAACACAGACAGAGGGACCAUGAUCAGACUGGGGGUCCUGAGCUGCAGAACAGGGAGGAGGGUCUACAGUCAGAUCCACCCACCCUGCAGCCAUCUCAGGCUGCAGUUCUGGCACUACCAGAGGGCCCCACAGGAGACAGUGAGACCGAUAGCAAUGCCACCACUCUGAACCAGUCCCCUCUGAGUUCCAGUAUCGUCAUCGAGGUGACCGAUGUCCAGUUGUCACUAGAGCUCACCCCCAUCACAGGCAACAGUAAAGAUGUGGAGGCGUCCAAGCCUGAGAAGGACGAGGAAGAGGUGGCCAACCCAGUCAAUACUGUCACACCUGACAGUAUGUUCAUCUUCAAACCUGACAAUCGGAUCCGCCGGGCCUGUCACUAUGUGGUGAACCUGCGUUACUUUGAGAUGUGCAUCCUGCUGGUGAUCGCUGCCAGCAGUAUCGCCCUCGCUGCAGAAGACCCCGUUUCAGCCACCUCCAACUGGAACAAAGUUUUGCGUUACUUUGACUACGUGUUCACAGGUGUCUUUACCUUUGAAAUGAUAAUAAAGAUGAUAGACCAGGGCUUGAUUCUCCAUGACGGCUCCUACUUCCGGGACCUGUGGAACAUUCUAGACUUUAUCGUGGUGGUCGGAGCUCUGGUUGCCUUCGCCCUCACGAAUGUGCUGGGAAAUAAUAAAGGACGGGACAUCAAAACCAUCAAGUCUCUUCGGGUGCUGCGCGUCCUGAGGCCCCUGAAGACCAUCAAGAGACUACCGAAACUCAAGGCAGUGUUUGACUGUGUGGUGACCUCUCUGAAGAACGUCUUCAACAUCCUCAUCGUCUACAAGCUCUUCAUGUUCAUUUUCGCUGUCAUCGCUGUGCAGCUGUUCAAGGGGAAGUUCUUCUACUGCACUGACGGAUCCAAAGACACAGAGAAGGACUGCCAGGGCUUCUACAUCAACUAUGAGAAAGACAAGCAGGAGGUGAAGAGGAGGGAGUGGAGGAGACAUGACUUUCACUAUGACAAUAUAGUCUGGGCCCUACUCACUCUGUUCACCGUCUCCACUGGGGAAGGCUGGCCACAGGUCCUGCAGCACUCUGUGGAUGUGACAGAGGAGGACAGAGGACCCAGCCAGGGCAACAGGAUGGAGAUGUCCAUCUUCUAUGUCAUCUACUUUGUGGUCUUCCCCUUUUUUUUCGUCAACAUAUUUGUGGCUCUCAUCAUCAUCACCUUCCAGGAGCAGGGAGACAAGAUGAUGGAGGAGUGCAGCUUGGAGAAGAAUGAGAGGGCUUGCAUUGACUUUGCCAUAAGUGCCAAACCCCUGACCCGCUACAUGCCUCAGAACAGACAGACGUUCCAGUACCGCCUCUGGCACUUUGUGGUCUCCCCCUCCUUUGAGUACACCGUGCUGGCCAUGAUUGCACUCAACACCAUUGUCCUGAUGAUGAAGUAUUAUUCAGCCCCACCAGUGUACGAGGCUGUGCUGAAACACCUGAACACAGCCUUCACUGUGCUCUUCUCUGUGGAGUGUGUCCUCAAGAUCAUGGCAUUUGGCUUUCUGAACUACUUUCGAGACACUUGGAAUAUAUUUGACUUCAUCACGGUUUUGGGCAGCAUCACAGAAAUAGUGGUGGACCUGCAGUCAAUUGAGACCUUCAACAUGGGUUUCCUGAAGCUGUUCCGAGCUGCUCGACUGAUCAAGCUGUUGAGGCAGGGUUACACCAUCCGCAUCCUGCUCUGGACCUUUGUCCAGUCCUUUAAGGCUCUCCCCUACGUCUGUCUGCUCAUUGCCAUGCUCUUCUUCAUAUAUGCAAUCAUCGGAAUGCAGGUUUUUGGAAACAUCAGACUGGAUGAGGAGACUCACAUCAACCAACACAACAACUUCAAGACCUUCUUUGGUGCUCUGAUGUUGCUAUUCAGGAGUGCCACGGGGGAGUCGUGGCAGGAGAUCAUGCUGUCAUGUUUAGGGGGGCAGAAGUGUGAGCCAGACCCCUUAGCUCUAACGUCAGACCAUGAGGAGCGCUGUGGAACUGAGUUUGCCUACUUCUACUUUGUUUCCUUCAUCUUCUUCAGCUCAUUUCUGAUGCUGAAUCUGUUUGUGGCUGUGAUCAUGGACAACUUUGAGUACCUCACCCGGGAUUCUUCCAUCUUGGGGCCUCAUCAUCUGGAUGAGUUUGUUCGUAUCUGGGGUGAAUACGACCGAGCUGCUUGCGGGCGUAUUCAUUACACUGACAUGUACGAGAUGCUGACUGAUAUGUCGCCACCUCUUGGCCUCGGAAAGAAAUGUCCCUCCAAAGUGGCUUAUAAGAGGCUGGUGCUGAUGAACAUGCCCGUGGAUGAGGAGAUGUCUGUUCACUUCACCUCCACCCUCAUGGCCCUGAUCCGAACUGCCCUGGAGGUCAAGAUAGCCAGAGGAGGGGAGGACAGGGGGCAGAUGGAUUCAGACCUACAGAAGGAGAUCAGUAUCAUCUGGCCACACCUUUCUCAGAAGACGCUAGACCUGCUCGUCCCCAUCCACAAAGCCAAUCAUAUGACCAUUGGGAAGAUCUAUGCAGCUAUGAUGAUCAUGGACUACUACAAGCAGAGCAAAGCCAAGAAGCUCAGGCAACAGUUGGAGGAGCAGAAACACGCUCCCAUGUUCCAGCGUAUGGACGCGUCCUCUCUGCCUCAGGACAUCCUCUGCAGUGCCAAAGCCCUCCCCUUUCUGACCCACAGCGCUGGAUCUGCCCUGACCAGAGGAGGGUUUGUGGCCUUGAGUCCCAUCUCCCCCCAGGAGAUGUUCAUGCAGCCCAUGUCCCAGGACCUAGAGGACAGAGAGGAGGACUACCACCACUAUCACCACCACCACCACCAGCUCCACACUCUGGUUCCGGAGCGCAAAGAGUUUAACCGCAUCCUUUGCCCUACUAACAGGCAGGAUGCCCCACUCAAGGUGCCCGGGUGGGCAGUCUCUAUCCGAGCCUCGUCUAUGCCUCAGCUGGCUGUAGACACACAGGUUGGGACAGACAGCAGCAAAUUGAUGAAACGCUCCUUCUCCACUAUUGGUGAUCAGUGCGUAAAUGGGCUGUGGCAGGAGGAGUACUCUCUGGAGAGGGUCAGUUCUGACCGUCUGUAUAGACCACGACAGAGGAGCAUCAGAGGCAUCAGGUCCAACCUCAGGGAACCAGUGGAUCAAGAGCGGGGGCGCUCCAAAGAGCGGCGCCACCUGCUGUCUCCCGACGUGUCCCGCUGCAACUCUGAGGAGCGGGGCCAGGACCCAUCACAGGAACGCAAGCAGUCCCGCUCCCCCAGCGAGGGACACGCACAUGUCCACCAUAGACAGGGCAACACUUCAGGCAGCCCAGGCCUGUCUAACUCUGAGUCCAGCACACCCAGUGGCCGUCGGCAGCUCCCCCAGACGCCAUCGCGGCCACGCCCCCACAUCUCCUACUCCCCCCUGAUAUGCCGAGCCCACCCCUCCCCCUCUGCUGUCAGCGAGGGCAGAGCCCAGACCCAGGAGGCCCCUGGAGAGACGGAGGAGCCCUUGUGGAGGGAGGAAGGGGAGAGGCCAGCCCAGGUGGCAGGAGGAGGAUCGGGGGUGGGGGUGGUAGUAGGGGUGAGUGACCCAGGGUUAGGGGUCAGUCACCCACAUCCCUCCCCUCACCGGUACAUCUCGGAGCCAUACCUGCCCCUGCACGAGGAGUUCCACAGCCCAGACUCCUCAGGCCUGGAGGAGACUCUGACCUUCGAGGUGGCCAUUGCAACCAGUCUGGGUCGGGCCAACACCAUCAGCUCUGCCCCCCAGCUCAGACACAACUGGCAGGUCCCCAACGGACACUUCCAUAAACGCCUGGGUCAGGCCAGCUCUGUGGCCGCCUGCGAGCUCCUGUGUGACACCGACGAGGAUGACCGCUGUUAGGGCCGGGACUGGGAGAGGAAGAGGAGGAAGAUGGACAGCAAAACUGGGUACCAGAGAGACAGGGGUCCUCAGUCUGAAGUACACUGUCAGGGCGUGUACUGAGUGUACAUCUGUCUGUGUGUGUGUGUGUGUAGGAGUGCAAUAUGUUUGCUAAAUCAAUAAGACAGGGAAGAUAUGGGAAGUGCACUGCUGACGUACAGUGCAAAAGUUCACCAGUUGCAUUUUGAUUGUUGUUUGAACAAAGUCGAAUAACUGGGGAGAAUGUAUCCUCACUGCUUAGACCUAUGAAAAAUAAUACGUAUGUUUCAAGUACAGUAUGUAGCUGAAAAUAGCAUGUGAGACUGAAGUAGCAGGAAUGUAUUAAAAUUGUUCUCUUUUCCUCAUGUAAGAUAAGAAGAAAGCUCUCAAUUGUUAGAUCUUUGUGGAUCAUGAAACAGUGAUCGGUGUGUAGGGAUCCGAAGCAGACAUUGGCUGUCACAACAGACACUGCUUUAAAACAACCCAGCUAGCACAUUUGGUUGCUUGGAAAUUAUGGCAACGAAAGUUCUUGGUCCUGGCAACGAAGCCAUACGUUUCUUCACCCGUAAAAUGCAACGUUUUUUAAACAUUCUGAGAAUGGAGAUGAAAAUAUUGUCUCUUCUGGAAAAGUACAUUUUUAGGUUGCAGAGAGGAUCUGAGAACAUUUUACUAUGGUUACCUGAAAGUUUUAUUAACGUUCUGAGAACGUAAAUUAUAGGUAGUUUUACUGUUUUGAACUCCAAGCACAGAUAGGACAUUCAUGAGGCAUUAGUCAUGCAAACACAUUUCUUUUUUUUAUUG